UCGUGGUCGGAGCAUCCCGGUGCUCGGGGCAGCCCCUUGUCCUUCCCGGACAGCAUCCGGCCGGGCAUCCGCGGUGACAGACGUGAGAAGAAAAAUGACCUAAUCACCAUCCAGCCCUCGUGGCCAAGGCAGGAGCAGGGAUAGGGCUGCCAGGAACAUGGCUGUGCCUGGAAGCUUCCGGAGGCAGCCUGCCAACAGAGGCCUUGUGUCCCACUGCACCCACCAUCAUAUUGUUGUGUUCCUGCUGACCUUCUUCAGUUAUUCCCUGCUCCAUGCCUCCAGAAAGACAUUCAGUAAUGUCAAAGUCAGCAUUUCCAGCCAAUGGACUCCCUCCUGCCUAAACAGCACGGCCCCUGAGCUCCGGCCAUACGAGCUCUGGAACAGCAGCCAUUUAUUUCCUAAUGCAGAAGAAGCAACUCUCUUCCUAGGGACACUGGACACCAUCUUUUUGUUUUCCUAUGCUGUGGGUCUCUUUGUCAGUGGCAUAGUUGGGGACCGCCUGAAUUUACGCUGGGUUUUGUCUUUUGGCAUGUGUUCCUCUGCUCUGGUGGUGUUCUCCUUUGGCACACUCACAGAAUGGUUGCAUUUCUACAACAAGUGGUUCUACUGCUGUCUCUGGGUUGUGAAUGGCUUGCUGCAGUCCACUGGCUGGCCCUGUGUGGUUGCUGUCAUGGGAAAUUGGUUUGGAAAAGCUGGGAGAGGUUUUGUGUUUGGACUCUGGAGUGCCUGUGCAUCUGUGGGAAAUAUCCUUGGGGCAUUCCUUGCCUCCUGCGUUCUCAAAUAUGGCUAUGAGUAUGCUUUCUUGGUGACUGCCUCCGUACAGUUUGCUGGAGGAGUCAUUGUGUUCUUCGGGCUCCUGACGUCGCCGAAGGAAGUGGGCCUCCCUGAGCUUGGAGCAGAUGAAGAUGAAGUCAGUGUGGAAGAAGAUGCCAACAGACCUCUGAUGGGCAAUGACGAUGUAGAUGAUGAUGACCGGAAUUACUCCAUUCAAGCAACUGACAAUGACAACCAGCCCAAGGCCAUUGGCUUUUUCCAAGCUUGUUGCCUUCCUGGUGUAGUACUGUACUCCUUGGCCUAUGCCUGCUUGAAGCUGGUGAAUUACUCAUUCUUCUUCUGGCUGCCCUUCUACCUCAGCAACAACUUUGGAUGGAAAGAAGCAGAAGCUGACCAGCUCUCGAUCUGGUAUGAUGUGGGAGGAAUCAUAGGUGGGACUAUCCAGGGCUUGAUUUCUGAUGUGCUGCAAAAGAGAGCCCCAGUGCUAGCAGUGAGCCUGCUCUUCGCUGUGGGCUCUCUCUUUGGAUACAGCCGUUCCCCAAACAGCAAACCUAUCAAUGCUGUGAUCAUGGCAAUUACAGGGUUUUUCAUUGGAGGCCCCUCUAACAUGAUCAGUUCUGCAAUUUCUGCUGACCUGGGGCGUCAGGAUCUGGUGAAAGGCAGCAGCGAGGCUCUGGCAACAGUCACGGGAAUUGUGGAUGGAACAGGCAGUAUUGGUGCUGCUGUGGGUCAGUAUCUAGUGUCUUUGAUCCAGGAGAACCUGGGAUGGAUGUGGGUUUUCUAUUUCUUCAUUCUAAUGACGAGUUCAACAGUCCUGUUCAUUUCACCGUUGAUAGUGAGGGAGAUCAGGUUGCUGCUGCACGAGCGGCGCCUGCGAAUGCUGGCAGAGUGACUUCUGCUCCCCUCUGGAAGGACUGCUGUAUGGAACUGACAGCUGAGACACUCAUCAAAGCCCUGGGAGACUUGUUUGGUACAUCCUCCAGGUUUGGACUGAUUCAAAAUGACUCCACAAGACUUGAUUGAGUCGCCUUAGGCAAGCUCAGUCGUGAAGUACCAAAUACGCAUCCUGAGACCACCCUGUCACGGAGCUGCUGACCUAAGCCAGACAAUCCAUGGGACUGACGGAUUGUCCCAGCCUCCCAGGCUCUUCCAUGCCAGCAGUCACACCAGGGUCUUCUGUUGGGUGUCUCAUUCCUCUACCUUUUCUUAUUUAUUUCUGGAUGUGCUGACCAAAGUCAGCUGUUUGAAACUGACGGUUUUUGGGAGGCUGUCUUGCAAUGAAUCUUGAUGCUCUUUUGUGCUGGUGAAAUCAUACAGUGCAGUUCAUGGAUAGUCCUAAAUUUAAGAUCACCUUAGCUUUUAGAAAGGGCAAAAAUAAUUAUUUGGAAUUUAUGCUGUCCAGUUGUUUAAAAACUGCUGUUGCUAAAUCUCUGCACAGAUGGACCUCUGCUAUCCCCUAGUUAUUAACUGUUAUAUAUUCCAGUAGAGUCACAUGGAGAAGUUACCUCUGUACUUGUUUUUAACAUUUUUUAAUAAUGUUACUAAUCUCUGAGAAAUGAGAUUUCAUGGUUUUUUAAGCUAUUGAAUGGCGUGCAAUACUUUACUGUGAUCUCUGAAAUAGGCCUUAGUAGGUCCUUUGUGUCUAAAGGAUCCUUGAAUGGCUUCAGGGAUCAGUAAUGGGACACAAAUACUUUCACUACUGCUUUGUUUAUUGAACCUGAUCAAUACUGACCAAAAUGGGUGUGAGGUGACCUUCUGAAGGAAACUGAUGUCACUGACUUCAUACUCCUUGGGCAAUUGCUCAUCUCUAGCAAAGAAGGAUCAGAAUGGAAUUAAAGGAAUUUAAGGGACCUGUCUGCUCUCAGACAUGGGCUUCCAGACAGGGACUGAAGCGUACUCGUGGAGUCGCAUUAACGAGCAACUGCUGCUCUCUUCCCCCAUGCUCCUGUAGCUAUGGCUGCAUAGGGAACCUCAAGCUCCAGGGUUUGAAAGCUUGAGUUGUAUCUUGAAGGGAAAGGUAGCUGCAAGUCUACCUGCAAGCACAAAAAACAAGUGGCUGCACUUGGUGUGGUGUUGUUGGAAUGCUUUGCAGUACAGUGGUAAGCGGGAUGACCAACUGACACCUCUAACAUUUGUUGGUGAUCUUAAAGGGAUCACUGAGUAACUUCUCAAAAAAUUGCUUUGUCUUUAUGCCUUGAGAUGUUUUAUUGCAAUAGGUCUGUGUUAACCUGCAGAACUUGUGAGCAAAGACUCCAUCUAACUAGUCAGCAAUGCCUGGGUGGGGGUGGGGAGCAGCGAAAUUCUUGGAGCUGAUAAUUUGAAACUUUUAAAAUGGGAACAGUUGCCUUUUCAAAAUGUACAGUGAUUUAAUUUUAUUUUUUAAUUGAUGAAUGUCAAUUUUUAGUCAUGUGUUGAUUGUAAUGAGUGGAACAUCAUUAGUGCCUUACGGUUUUGCAGUUUUGAACAGUUGCUUGGUGAUUGCUGCUUCUGCAGUUAUAUCUCCAUGCACAGCUUUGCUUAAUGUGGAACUCAGUUGCUCCAUUUUAGACUUUUUUUGAGUCUUUCUCUCUGGGUGGAGGUAAUUGUUGCAUCUUUUUGUUAACCCUCAGAAUAUUUCAGUGCUUGGGAAAAUGAUGCCAUUAAGCUGAUACGGGACCUGAGUCCUGUUCUUGACUCUUCUCAUUCCCAUUCCAAUUUUUGCCUGUAUAAUUAGAGCCGGAGACUGAGAAUCUAUCAUCCUGUUCUCAGAAUUAUGCCCUGGGGUUAGUGUUCACAUCCCAAGCUACUCAUUAGCCCCUGUACAAAUAGAAUGAAAACUCCCUGAAAUUUAGUUCUAAAAUUGAUGGCGGCACCGUUUACCCCAGCCACGGCGUCUGAAAAUCUCUGGUUUCAAAUUCCAACCUGGAUGAACUUUUUGGCUGCCUCUCUGGGCAGCAGAUAAGCAGCUGAUGAAAGGUGGGGUGGGAAAGGGAUGUUGCUGGGGUCGGGGGGAAGGAGAGGCCGGCCCCUGUAACAAAUGGCUUCCUGUAAACAGUUCUGUCCCCUCUUGAGAAGUGUCAGGAGUGAUGGAGCGCCGAGCCCGGGCUGCCCAGCCGCUGCAUCCAAGCGUGCGGCACUUUGGGGCCACCCGCAAUUAGUGAGGCGUGCCUAUGGCCUCAGGAUUGCUGCUGUUGUUGUUGUCCUGGAUUUUCACUACUGUGUGUUUCUCCAGGGUGCUCUGAAGGAGAAAGGUUUUCAAUCUGGUCAUGUCCGAACUGAUCUCACGUGAAUAAACGUACUUCGACUUGA